UGGCGCAAAACAAUUCUGCAGAUACACACACCCACACCAAGCUCACUGGUGACAGAGUAAAAUAACAAUGGCGUUGCUCACUGGAAACCUCCCUUCUUUACCUUUCAACUUUUCCAUUAUUUCUUCUUCAUCACAAGAAUCGAAAACAGUGAAAAUUAGAGAAGAUUGGAGGAAAAAAUCACGACCUAUUCCUCCUGGUGGGACUUAUCCAGCUAAAGACCACUGCAGCCAAUGUGGUUUGUGCGACUCUUACUACAUUGCCCAUGUCAAGAAUGCAUGUGCUUUCUUGGGGGAUGGCAUGUCUAGAAUUGAAGCUUUGGAGCCUACUGUCCAUGGACGAGGACGGAAAGAAGACUCGUUUGAUGAGAUUUAUAUGGGAGUGUAUGAGAAUCUGUUGUAUGCUCGUAAAAUGCAGCCUGUGGAAGGAGCUCAAUGGACGGGGAUAGUGACAACUAUUGCAGUGGAGAUGCUAAAAGCUGGGAUGGUGGAAGCUGUUGUUUGUGUUCAGAGUGAUCCGGAAGAUCGAUUUACUCCCCGACCUGUCCUGGCAAGGACUCCAGAGGAAGUUAUAGCAGCUAAAGGUGUCAAGCCAACACUAUCUCCUAAUCUAAAUACUCUCGCCUUAGUUGAGGCAGCUGGUGUGAAGCGACUUCUGUUCUGCGGUGUUGGCUGCCAAGUGCAAGCUUUAAGAUCAGUGGAGCAAUAUUUGAAUCUGGAAAAGCUAUAUGUUCUAGGCACUAACUGUGUGGAUAAUGGAAAACGAGAAGGCUUAGAUAAGUUUCUGAAGGCCGCUAGCAGUGAACCUGAAACAGUUCUUCACUAUGAGUUUAUGCAAGACUACAAGGUCCAUCUGAAGCAUUUAGAUGGCCAUAUUGAAGAGGUUCCCUAUUUCUGUUUACCAGCAAAUGAGUUGGUUGAUGUUAUUGCACCAUCUUGUUACAGCUGUUUUGACUACACAAAUGGCUUGGCGGAUUUGGUGGUGGGAUACAUGGGUGUACCAAAAUAUAGUGGAAUCAGCAUGAUGCAGCAUCCGCAAUAUGUUACAGUCAGAAAUGAACGUGGUAGAGAAAUGCUAAGCCUUGUCGAGAACCUUUUGGAAAUUACUCCAACGAUAAGUAGUGGUAACCGGCGUCUAUUUGUCGUAGAAACCGUGAAGGCAGAUGAUGAAGCAAAAUUUGGAAGAGGUCCUGCUCAACCUGCUCCAAAGUUUGUUGGAAAUUUAAUUGCAUUUUUUCUCAACAUAGUUGGACCGAAGGGUCUAGAAUUUGCACGUUACUCACUAGAUUACCACACAAUCAGAAAUUAUUUACAUGUAGUCCGCAAGUGGGGAAAGGAAAGAGCUGACAGACACAUGCCAGCAUAUGCAAAGAAAAUUGUUAGCAUGUACAAUCAGAGUGGAGAAAUUGAUCAAAUGCUUUCCAGCAAGUGAAUAAUUUGAUGGUGAACCUUUGGUGAUUGCAACUUCUCAUCAAUCACAGGAUACACAAUCUUCAGGUAGGACAUGCAGCAGUAAGAUACAAGGACAGUGCCCACCAUCCAACUCAAGUGAACACUUGCAAAGUGAUUGCAUGAUAGAUCAGAGCAUGAAGGAAUGGGCAUUCUCAUGGAUAUGGUCUGUGACCAGGCCAUGUGUAUUCCUCUCUCGGUAAGAGCGAUGUCCAAUAAUAUGUCGCAAGGUUAGAAAAACCUAAGUAAAUUCCACUGCAAAAUGACAUAAUAACAACUGUAGCUUCAAUGUCAUGUGUUAAAUUCAAACACUUUGCAUGGAGCAAGUUGAGGAACAUGAACUGUGUGUUUUAAGUUCAAUAAGGUUUGAAGCUGACUUAUUUUUAUAUACUUUUUUGCAAGACUUUUGUAUGUGGUGGUGAAGCAAUUCUAGAUGGGACACUAGAUAAAGGUUUGCUGCAUGCUUGAUUCAACAGCAUGGGAACUCAUAUGGGUUGUCUAUAUAUGUACUACUGCUUUGGAUUUUCUUCUUUUUGUUAAAUCUUUUCUGUCAGUAGAAUUCUUUUGUUCUUCUUCAUUGUGAAAUGGGAAAUUUAAGUCAUGUUGGAUCUGAUUGAAAAACCAAGUUA